AUGGACGUGGAGAAGAUUUUGACCCAAUUGACUUUAGAGGAGAAAAUUCUUCUUCUUUCUGGAAAAGACAAUUGGCACACCCAUGAUAUUUCUAGAUUAAAGAUACCAAAAGUUAAAUGUAGUGAUGGGCCCAAUGGUGUCCGUGGAUCUAAAGGGUUUAAUGGUGUUCCUGCUGCUUGUUUUCCUUGUGGAACUGCAUUGGCAUCAACUUUCAAUAAACUGCUUUUAACCGAAGCAGGAAAAUUGAUGGGAUUAGAAGCCAAACACAAAAGUGCACAUAUUAUCUUGGGACCAACAUGUAAUAUGCAAAGGGGACCUUUGGGGGGAAGAGGAUUCGAAAGUUUUAGUGAAGACCCGUACUUGUCCGGUAUGAGUUCAAGUGCGGUUAUCAAUGGAAUUCAACACGAGCAUAUUGCUGCUACAAUCAAGCAUUAUGUAUGUAAUGAUUUAGAGCAUGAAAGAAAGGCUUCAGACUCAAUUUUGUCAGAGAGAAACCUACGGGAAAUCUACUUAGAGCCCUUUAGGCUAGCAGUCAAGUACUCUAGUCCUCGUUGCUUUAUGACCAGCUACACCAAAGUCAAUGGCGACAGGGCUUCCCAGAGUAAGAAGCUCUUGAAUGACAUUUUGAGAGGAGAAUGGGGUUGGAAUGGUUUGAUUAUGUCCGAUUGGCAUGGUCUUUAUACAUCGGAAACUGCUUUGAAAAAUGGGUUAGAUCUUGAAAUGCCGGGCCCUACUUAUUACCGGUCUGUGAAUGCUAUCAAACAUAUGGUGGAAUCCAGAGAGUUGAACAUUCAAUUUUUAGAUGAGCGGGUUCGUAAUGUUUUGAACUUGGUUAACUUUACACUAGACUCGGGGAUUAUUGCAGAUGGCCCAGAAGAUACUGAUAACGAUACCCAAGAAACUUCUGCUUUGUUACGAAAGUUAAGUGCUGAAUCCAUAGUUUUAUUGAAAAAUGAAGACAAAAUUCUUCCUUUGGCGAAGUAUGAAAAGAUAGCAGUUAUUGGUCCCAAUGCCAAAACUGGAAUCUUCAGUGGUGGAGGCUCAGCAUUCUUAAGGCCAUAUCAUGUUACCACCUCUUAUGACGGUAUUUCAUCCAAAUUGUCCAAUCCACCAGAGUAUACAGUAGGGUGCUACUCUUUCAAACAAUUACCGUCCUUAGCAAAUCAAUUGACAAACCCUUUCACCGGGAAAGUUGGUUACAACAUGAAAUUCUUCUUGAAUCCACCGGGCAAAGCGAAUAGAAGGCAAUUUGAUGAAUUGAACUUGGACCAAGCUUACAUCUUUUUACAAGACUACCGACAUCUGGGCCUCAAUAGUGAUUUAUAUUACAUCGAUAUCGAAGGUGAUUUUGCUCCACAAGAGUCUGCUGAGUAUUCUUUUGGGUGUACUGUUUUGGGAACUGCUUUAUUGUAUGUGGAUGACAAACUUGUGGUGGAUAACAAGCAUGAUCAAAAGAAAGGCAACUCUUUCUUCAAUUCUGGGAGUACAGAGAAGAGAAACUCGAUUUUUUUGAAGAAAGGCAAGUCCUAUCGGGUUAAAGUUGAGUUUGGCUCUAGGCCCACUUUCAGUGCACCUGAUGCCACUGUAGUUGAUUUCGGUGGGGGUGGAGGAAUUGCCUUUGGGUGUGCUAAGGUAAUCGAUCCGCAAGAAGAAAUCAAACAUGCGGCAAGUAUUUCUAAGCAAGUGGACAAAGUUGUAUUGUGUAUUGGAUUAAGCAAUGAGUGGGAAACUGAAGGCUCGGAUAGAGAUAAUAUGGACUUACCUUUGUUAACCAAUCAGUUAGUGGAAGCUGUUCUCAAGGCAAAUCCAAAUACAGUGAUUGUUAAUCAGUCGGGUACACCGGUUGAAUUUCCGUGGCUAGACAAAUCCAAAUGUCUAGUUCAAUCUUGGUAUGGUGGUAAUGAAGCUGGCCAUGCCAUUGCUGAUGUCUUGUUUGGUGAUUACAAUCCCAGUGGAAGAUUGUCCUUGACCUUCCCACUCACGCUUGUUGACAACCCCACAUUCCUAAACUUUAAGACUGAAAGGGGCAGAGUGUUGUAUGGAGAGGAUAUAUUCAUGGGCUACAGAUACUAUGAAAAGAUGAAAAAGGCGGUGUCUUUUCCCUUCGGUCAUGGAUUAUCAUACACUCUGUUUGAAUAUUCUAAAUUGCUUGUUGAAAUUGACGAAGAAAAUGACGAGUUGAAUGUAUGUGUUAGCGUCGAAAAUACUGGAAGCUGUGAUGGAGAUGAGGUCAUUCAGUUAUAUACGUCUCACAAAAAUCCUAAGACAAUAAAGCCAUGUCAGGAGUUGAAAGGCUAUGAAAAAGUCUCUAUAAAAGCCGGAGAGUCUGCUAGAGUGGAGAUCCAUUUAUCUUUAAAAGACUCUUUGUCAUUUUUUGACGAAUAUUUCGGUAAAUGGAGCCUAGAGGCUGGCGAGUAUGAGUUCAGAGUUGGUAAAUCGAGCGGAGAUAUCAGAUUGACUCAAUUAGCAAACAUCACAAAAGGAAAAUUAUGGCUUGGAUUGUAGAUUUGAAUCAAUGCUUAUAAAAUCAAUGCAACUCACCAAACACUUCUCUAACCUUACGUUCACCUACCUUUUCCAAUCCUUCUAUCUAACUCUUGUGUCUAAGAGGGUUCAAAGAACUGUACUUCUUCCUGAUGUUGCUGAAUAGUUUCUGUAAGUUCAAAGCACGCACGAACAUGAACGAAAAUAGAAACCUGGGCAUGAACUUUGUUGACCAUACAAACAAAGCCUUGCCACCCCUGUAGUAGUCAACAACACCUAGUUUAGAACUUUCAAAAUCAUUGACGAUCUUCUCGGCAUGGAUUUCUGGUGUUGGACCCUUCUUCCCGAAAUCAGAUCUUGCGGCAAAGUAAUCUUCUAGUCCUUCUUCAUCAUAAUAAGAAGUUUCGAAUUUCACACUAUCGGUGAACCCAGUGGGAACUGAACCUGUGAUGAAGUGAAGAACUUUAACAUCAAAUGGCUCUAACUCGUAUGCUAAACUUGAGGCAUAAGACAGAAGGGCAGCCUUCGCACAGGAGUACAUUGACACAAAAGGAAGGUUUGUAAUACCAGCAAUAGAUCCUGUGAAGCCUAUAGCACCUUUGGCAUUAAUAACAUAUGGAGUUAGUUCUCUGGUAACCCUGAUUUGGCUCAAUAGGUUAACUUGAAGACAUUGUUCAGCCCUUUCGUCAGAUACCUCCAUUGCUGGAGCCAUACAAGCUUGUCCAGCAUUGUUCAAUAAAUACAUGAGCUCUCCAUUAUAUUCGGCCUCGAUUAGUAGCUUUAAUUUUUUGACGGAUUCGAGAGAAGUGAUAUCCAAUUCGAUUGUCUUCACAUUCAAUUGGGCCAAUUCCUCCAUAGAAGACAACCUUCUAGCCCCAGCAAUGACCUUAUAUCCUCUGCUCGAAAAUUCUUUUGCAACUGCAAAGCCAAUUCCCGAUGAUGCUCCUGUGACAAGCACAGACCGGUUAUUCGGCAUCUUGAGUCUAAACAAUCU